CUUCAUGAUUUUAAUUCAAUAUUAUGCUUGUUCUUUGAUAGAAAUUAGAUUAUUUUUGUGCAUUUUCUCUGGUGCUAUAUUCAUUUUACUCUCUUUUUGUAAGGUUAUGCUCAAGGGACAAAUCAUGGAUUUCUGUAACUAUUGCUAUGCCAUUCUUGUCAUAUUUUAUCUACCAUAUUUAUUAUCUGACAUUUGUUCAGUUUGACUAUGGAUAUAACAUGAAAGCCAACAUUUUGAUUGGAUUGUUAAAUUCUUGUGGAUGGAUGAUGUGGUGCUAUAAGCACCGCUACAAGCAGUAUGUUUGGAAAUGUGCUGUUUCAGUUUUAGCAGUGAAUAUGUUACUUCUAUUGGAGCUUUGCGAUUUUCCUCCGUGGAAAUUCUUAAUAGAUGCUCAUGCUCUUUGGCAUUUGGGAACCAUUCCAGUGCCUUUACUUUGGUAUAGUUUUCUUAUAGAAGAUUGUUUAUAUGAAAAGAAAAUACAUGAAUACUGAGCUUUAAACUCAUCAAAGAAAAUGUGUACUGCAUUAUAAAAUGAAUAGAACAUGUGCAUUUAUUCUGUUUGUGCCAACAGUUCAUUCAUUAUGUAUUAAUGUGAUUUUGGAAACAAAGUGCCACAUUAGCAUUUUAGUUCAUAUUAUUAUAAAGAAAAUUAAAUGUAGAUGCUUUCAGCAUUUAAUGUUAUGUAUAUUUGUGAUUUUGAACAUGGCUAAAAUAUUACUUCAAUUAUCAUCCAGAAAAGAUGUUAUUAUAAAUUCCAUUAGUUUUCGUUUUGAUUUGAGCAUGAUACAGUAUUUAAAUGCUCUUUCCCGCAGCAGGAUCAUUAUAUAUAAUGUAAAAUUUUGUUAUAAAAAUUAAAACAAUUAAGUUUAACCUAGUCAAGCUUUUUGGAUGAUUUAUGUGAUUGUAGCUCUGUUCUUAUAUAACAUGAGUUAUGCUCUGAUCUUUCAUUACAUUGAAUACGCCUGUAAUAUUAGUAUUACAAAACUACUGAUCAAAGUUGUGGAUUAGUUAAAAUUUCAGCAUUAACUGUACAGAAAUUAUAAUUCAUUAACACUUGUUACUCUUGAAGUUUUGGAAGUUUAUUGACAUUGUUUGAAUGUUAUAAUGUUCAUUAUAUUGAAGUAAAACUUCAAAAUGUUUCUAUGAAUUUGUGAUAUAUAUUGUUAUUUGAUUAAUAUUUAUGUAUGUAAAUGUUUCUCAUCACACAGCUUUGAGCAUGUGAGUAAUCAAAAUAUAAAAAUGCAUAUCAUAUACCUUAACAGAAUUUUUUGAGUUUAAAUUUUUUAUUGUGUAUAAAAAUAGAAUUUAUAAUUAAAUUUAUUUAUGUGCUAGUUAGUAAUAAUGGUAAUGUAAUGAUUUAUUUAUAAGCAAUUGUUAUAAAUAUUAUUUUGCAUGAUUUUUCUAGAGAUAAAAAUACUAGUAUGAUAAGGAAUUAUGUUUGUAAACAUGAACCUUUUAACAGACAUUCAGAAUUAUUUUACUUUGUUUUUAAUAGUGUAUGAUGCUUCCGAUUCAUUUUUGUAAUGUCAUGGUAAAAAUACAUUUAAAGUAAUUUUUAUUUUAUAGAAAAGAUUAACUUUAUAAUUAAAAAUCUGAGCAAUAUUCAUUGCUCUUAAUAAAGAGUUGACACUUGAGCCAGAAUGUUGUUUAAAUAUAUCUUGCCAUUUGUAAACCAUUUUAUCACAGUUUUUUUUAAUAUAUAUAUAUUUGUAUACUUUGAUGUAGAAUUUUGUUCUUUAAGUGCAUAUUACAUAAUUUUUUAAUAAAUGAACUAUAUCAUAUUGAAAUAUUUUCUUCCUUGAAUUUAUUACUGCAUGUUAAUAGCUCAUUAACAUUUGUUAUAUAAAAUGAAAAGCUUCAUAUCUAUACAAAAAUUUUAGUUCAAAUUAAUCUUUACUUACUAUAAGAACACUGUACAGAUCAGCAAUGCAGUUUUUGUGAAUUUAGUUAAAUACUAUAUAUUUAAUACAUCAAAAUGUGUUGUUAUUCUAUUUCCUCUUUUAAAAGUGCUAAAAUCAUCAAAAUAUCUUUUUCAAUAGAAAUAUUGUAGCAUGAAUUUGUGUGUGAUCAAUUUCAUCAAUGUAAGGAAAAUGAGAGUGUUGUAGAUUUAAAAAUACAUAAAUAAAUUUUCUAUGGGAUAUUUCAAUACUGUAUUUCUUUGCAUAUUUUCCUCCUAGCGUUUAAGCAAUAGGUUAUGAAACGUUUUUAAAUAAUCAUGUAAAUCAUGUAAUUUCCCUUUCCUCAAUGUGUUCAGAGAGAGAGUUCCCCUAAAUUUCAAGUUAUAGCUAAGUAGAAAUGAAGAUAUCUCAGUAGAUAUUCUAAUAGUAGUAUUACUGUAUAUUCUUACUGGAAUAUAGGUUUCUUUUAAAGAAAUAAUAUUGUGAUAA